AAUCAUCCAAAUCUAACAACAAAUGCAAUUGGCUUUUGCCUUCUUCCUUCCGAGCUCAUACAAAAUAUACUUCUAUAUCUGGCUUUACCGGAAAUCAUCACCAUGAAAUUAGUCAAUAAGUCCAUUGCCUAUGUUAUUUCUGAUCAAAACUUUAUUCGUCAAUGCAAUUUACGAUCAAAGUCGUCUACGUGGCUUUUUCUCUACAAGAAGCGUUGGAACCGUCACGCCAUACUUGAAGGCUUUUCUGAUCAAUCCACUCGCUGGUUCAAGAUUUCCAUUGCUGAUUUGUUGAAACCAGUCGUUUCUCCAGUUAAUCUCGUUAGCAAGACAGUUAAAAGAAUCCCUGACAGUCCACUAGGUCCACGUGGCACCUCUUCGUGGCGAAGAUCCGGAAUGAAAUUAGUGGCCCGGUCGGAUCAUUUCCGGUUUUUCUUUGCUGAGUUGGUCGAUAACCGUCCGGUCUUGUUCGAGUACAACUCCGAAACUAACACGUGGGAUUCCACGGAAGCAAAGGAAAUUGUUGACAAUUCGUAUAUGCCACGUGUUGAUGAAAGAGAGGAUGGUUAUAUUUUCCUCAAUUCGAUAAAUGGGCCUAAUGAAAGUGUUGUGGUAGCUAUUGGAUCAGAAAGUAGGAAUGCCCCGUUAAUUGCACGACCGAGAUCUAACGGAGGAGGAAGCAUAAACGAAAGGUUACACGUGUACGGAGAUGGUCAUAUGAUGAUCAUAAGAUCAAAGGGUGUAGAGAAUGAGAAUGGAACAGUGAGGAUGUUAAAGGGUAUAGAAAUAUGGGGGUUGAAUUCAAGGAAAAACAGUAGGGCUUGGGAAUACAUAUCUAAAGUUCCAAGUGAAUUAAUAAGGAAGAUUAAUAAGCCAUAUGGGGUAAUGAUGGGGUGCUUAGAGAAAGGAGAUGGGAUAAUUAAGAUGGUAAUAUUGUCUAAUUAUCAGUGUUUAUGGGAAAUUAUUUGGCUAUCUUAUAAUAUAACUAAGCACAAUUGGAGUUGGUACCCAGUUCCUGAUUGCAAAAUGAAGGGUUUGAACAUGGCAGGAAUCAGUCUAUCUUGUGGUCUAACCCUGUCUUGAUAAAAUUUGAUUAAGGGUAAUAUUACACUGAUAAACCUUUCUUAUUAACUUUUUCUCACAAACACAACGUGAUAACUCGCAAUUAGUCAGCUUAUAAUAAAUCCUGCCUAACCAAAUACGAACCGACCAAUUACAAAU